AUAAGUAAUAACGUUAGUCGACAUGAAGAAUCGAUAUGAACAAUUUUCAAAUUUAAUAAUGAUAGUUAAUACGUUGUUCUAGUGUUAGAAAAUUUUAUAUUUUUUAAAUUACAAUACAUGUUUGCUCGAUGAAAACCGUUUUCUAUUAAUCGUAAAGCCAUGUUAAGUGUUUUAAACCGUCAUGUUUUUUCAAAAACAUCCUUUCGGUACUUUGCACGCUGUGCUUCUUCAGAUCAACAGUCGUUUAGUAUGGCCAAAGUCAAAGCUCCACCAGUACCGGACAUAGUAAGAAAACCACCUCGUGUACCGUUCCUGAAAUCAUUGUAUGCCGGACAAUACGAUGUUGAAGUGCUGACGUAUCCGGAAACAUUGAACUUGGAACGGCAUAAAGACUUGGAAUCAAGAUUACAGCUAGUGCAAAACAACUGUACCCAAACUAGUAAUGUACAGCAACUGGGUUUAUUUUCAAUGAAUAUUCCGUAUCACAGUUCUGGUCUAAACUUAACCGUUACAGAAAUGUCUAGAAUUUUUGAACAUUUCGAUUCGAGUGUAUUCAAAAGCGUAUUUGAACAUACAAUAUCUGUUGAUAUUAUUAAAACAUUUGGGACCCCCCAACAAAAAUCAAAAUAUUUACCAUUGUUUGCAUCAGGCGCUGUUUGCUCUUUUCACGAAACAGUCAAAGCUUCAGCGUUACCUAAUCAGAGUUGGGAAUUGAACGGAUCUGUUAAUAAUUCCGUAAGUACAUUUAUGUUAAUCGUCGACGGAAGUAAUGCAUUUAUAGUAGAGAAAGACCAAACGACAGUAACUGGGAAUAACUUGCAUUUAAAACAGUUGAACGUCUUAAAAGAGAACACUAUUGAAAAUAUCGAAAUAAAAAACAUUUUAAACAAUGGAAAAUUGUACAAAUGUUGUGGAUUGAUUAAAUCACUUAAAAGUAUUCUUCAAAUUACUGUUGAAAAUGUAAUUAAAAAAGAAAGGCUCGGUGACAAACUGAGACACUACGACUCUGUUAUAAAAACGCUAUCAAAAGCGUUAAUUAACAUUUAUACUAUCGAAAGUAUGAUCUAUUUGACUACAUGGAUGAUAGAUGGAUUCGAUAAUGCCGAUGUAGAAUUAGAAGUAGCUUCUACGGAAAUGUACACCCGUCAAGCUGUAACUACGACGUUAAGAGAUUUAAAAUCGUUAUACGGUAGAGGUUCUAUAAAUGAACCGUUUUUAUCCAAGUACAAUGACGUUGAUAAUCUACUUGUAAAUUUGACAAAUAAUAUUGAAUUAUCCGAAUUUAUUGGUUCUUGUGGAGUCGAUUAUUUAAAUAAAUUUGGAUGUGAAAGUAACACAUCUUUUUUGGUAUCGGCUUUUAGAAAAUACAAGAUGAAAAGAGAUGAUCCGAGUCUAAUAUUAGGACUGCAACAAUACUUACAUCCCGCCUUGAUGCAUACAGCAGACUUUGCGGAGUACUGUGUGCUAAAAUUUCAAUAUGGGCUUGAAAUGAGCAAAACGAAUGGUCACCUCAGCAUCGAUAACAAAAUAUUAAUGGAAUUGCUAUCAAAAACAACUAUGCAUAUUUAUGCAAUGACAGCCGUACUUGGUAGAGCGUCAAGAUCAUACUGCACCGGUAUACGAUAUUCUGACUUAGAGAUGACGAUAGCUGAAAUUGUAGUCAGAGAAUCGUACGCCACAUUGAAACCGAUUUUAGAAGAUGUUAUUAGUGGAUCAUAUGUUGCUGACAGUUCAGUUUAUCAGUCUUUUGCCGAAAAGCUAUUAAAUAGGUAGAACUGUAUAACGAAUACCAAUAAAUGUACACUGUUUUAAAGUUUUUUAAUAAUAAUGAUACAACUUUAUUUAUCUAUUAAUGUAUAAUACAGAUUAUAUUUUGUUUUAAUUAAAAAAAAAAAAAUAUAUAUAUAUAUAUACCUAUUCAUAAAUUGAAUGGUACCACAUAUGUACAUUAAAAAACUAAUUUUGAAUGAUGCUCUUUCGAAAAACAUUCACACGAAAAUGUGUGAAUUUUUAAAAACGGUAUACAAAUAAAAAAAACAUGUGUUACACUAACUAAAUAUAAUGAUAAGUAUAUAUGUAUAAAAAAAAUACAUACUUAUACAUAUAUUUAUAAAUACUCGUAUCGAUCAAUAAUCAAUAAUUUUAAAAAAAUAAUUAUACAUAAUAUUAAGUUUUUUUUGAGCAUUAAAUAGUAUGAUCUUAGAUAGAUAUAUUUAUAUAGCAUUAAGAAUCAAGAAAAAAAAACAAAAAUGAAAAAAUAUAUGGAAAAUGAAAGAAA